ACUGAGGAUUGGGGCUGGGGGCAUUCAGGAGCAGGGGCGGGAGGGCGCCCGCCAGCGGCUGGCCCCUGAGCAGGGGGCCGGGCAGCAACAGCCAUCGGCUACAGCCAGUCGUCUCCGCGAGGCCAGGCCACAGAAGUCGGGAGUGCCCUCCGCCUCGCCCUGCCCUGCUCUGCUCCGGCCGCCGCAGCGCAACUACAGCAGACCACCGCCUCCGCUGCGCGCUCACCCCGCGCCUAACUUUUGGCCCCUCCCGGCCACCGUUGCUCUCCAUAACUCCGCGCCCGUGACCCGGAAGAGCAUUCUCCUUAGCAACUGCGGGACCGCGGCGGCGCUUGCCUCCCGGGAGACAAGCUAGUGACAACUGAGCUGAUCAAGGCCAGAAGAACUCUGAGCUGAGCAGUGGAGGCCCUCCUGGAUCUAGAGAGAAGAGGUGACCUUGGAACCAGUAAUGAGCCAUCCUGACUACCGGCUGAACCUCCGGCCCCUGGGGACCCCCAGAGGCGCGUCCUCUUUGGCUGGCCCAUGUGGUGUUGGUGCUUCACCAGGCGACAAAAAGUCAAAGAGCAAGACCAUACGAGGGAAGAAAAAAAGCAUAUUUGAAACCUACUUGUCCAAGGAGGAUGUUUCAGAAGGCUUGAAGAGAGGAACACUUAUUCAGGGUGUAUUGAGAAUUAAUCCGAAGAAGUUUCAUGAAGCCUUCAUUCCUUCCCCGGAUGGUGAUCGAGACAUUUUUAUUGAUGGGGUUGUUGCUCGUAAUAGAGCCUUGAACGGGGAUCUGGUGGUUGUGAAUCUGCUUCCAGAGGAACAGUGGAAGGUAAUUAAACCGGAGAGCAAUGAUAAAGAAACAGAAGGUGCCUAUGAAUCAGAUCUCCCUGAGGAGCUCUGUGGAAGCCAUCUCCUGCAACAGUCCCUGAAAGGCUAUAAUGACAGUCCUGAUGUCAUUAUAGAGGCUCAGUUUGAUGACAGCGACUCAGAAGAUGGACAUGGCAACACGCAGAAUGCUCUGGUUGAUGGUGUUAAGAAGCUCUCAGUUUGUGUUCAUGAAAAAGGAAAAGAGGAUGCUGGUGCACCAGUUACAAAAGACGAGAACACCUUCAUGUCACAGGACACAAGAGCUUUACCAGAGAAGUCGCUGCAGAGAUCAGCAAAGGUGGUUUACAUCUUGGAAAAAAAACAUUCCCGUGCAGCGACUGGCUUCCUCAAACUCUUGGCCGAUAAGAACAGUGAACUGUUUAGGAAGUAUGCCCUGUUUUCUCCCUCGGACCACCGGGUGCCUAGAGUUUAUGUACCUCUCAAGGACUGUCCUCAGGACUUUGUGACCCGGCCUAAAGAUUAUGCCAACACGCUGUUCAUCUGCCGCAUUGUGGACUGGAGGGAAGACAGCAACUUUGCCCUGGGGCAGCUGGCUAAGAGUCUUGGGCAGGCUGGUGAAAUCGAGCCUGAAACAGAAGGGAUACUAACAGAGUAUGGAGUGGAUUUCUCUGAUUUCUCUUCAGAAGUUUUAGAAUGUCUCCCUCAAGGCCUGCCUUGGACAAUUCCGCCAGAGGAAUUCAGCAAGAGAAGAGAUUUAAGAAAAGACUGUGUCUUCACCAUCGACCCAUCAACUGCCCGAGACCUCGACGACGCCCUCUCCUGCAAGCCCAUCGCUGACGGCAACUUUGAAGUGGGAGUUCACAUCGCUGACGUCAGUUACUUUGUUCCUGAGGGAUCCAGUCUGGAUAAAGUGGCUGCUGAGAGAGCUACAAGUGUCUACUUGGUUCAGAAGGUUGUCCCCAUGCUUCCCAGGCUGCUGUGUGAGGAACUGUGCAGCCUCAACCCCAUGACCGACAAGCUGACCUUCUCCGUGAUCUGGACGCUAACUCCGAAGGGCAAGAUCCUCAGUGAAUGGUUUGGCCAGACUGUCAUCCGCUCCUGCACCAAACUGAGCUACGAACACGCACAGAGCAUGAUUGAAGGCCCGACUAGGAAAAUCCCCGAGAAGGAGCUGCCCCCCGUCUCCCCGGAGCACACCAGCGAGGAGGUGCACCGGGCUGUUUUGAACCUCCACGGUAUCGCAAAGGAAUUACGCAAACAGCGGUUUGUGGAUGGCGCACUUCGUUUGGAUCAGCUAAAGCUUGCUUUUACUCUGGACCACGAGACAGGAUUGCCUCAAGGAUGUCACAUCUACGAGUACCGUGACAGCAACAAGCUCGUGAAGAGUUCAUUGCUCUUGGCCAACAUGGCUUGGCCCGCAAGAUCCACCGCACCUUCCCCGAGCGAGCCCUGCUACGGCGGCACCCCCCACCCCAGACCAAGAUGCUCAAUGACCUGGUGGAAUUCUGUGACCAGAUGGGCUGCCCAUGGCUUCAGCUCUGCAGGGGCCCUCAAUAAAAGUCUGAUGGAGACAUUUGGAGAUGACAAGUACUCACUGGCCCGGAAGGAGGUGCUCACCAACAUGUGCUCCCGGCCCAUGCAGAUGGCCUUGUACUUCUGCUCGGGGGUGCUGCAGGACCAGACGCAGUUCCGCCACUACGCCCUCAAUGUGCCGCUCUACACGCACUUCACCUCUCCCAUCCGCCGCUUCGCUGACGUCUUGGUGCAUCGCCUCCUGGCCGCCACGCUGGGCUACAGGGAGCUUCCAGAUGUGGAGCCCGAUGCCCUGCAGAAGCAGGCUGACCACUGCAAUGACCGCCGCAUGGCAUCCAAGCGCGUGCAGGAGCUCAGCACCAGCCUCUUCUUUGCCAUCCUGGUCAAGGAGAGCGGCCCCCUGGAGUCAGAAGCCAUGGUGAUGGGCGUCCUGAACCAAGCCUUCGACGUGCUGGUGCUGCGCUACGGGGUACAGAAGCGCAUCUACUGUAAUGCACUGCCCCUGCGGUCAUACCAUUUCCAGAAGGUGGGCAAGAAGCCGGAGCUCACGCUUGUCUGGGAGCCUGAGGACGUGGAGCAGGAGCCAGCACAGCAGGUCGUCAGCAUCUUCAGCCUGGUGGAGGUGGUGCUGCGGGCAGAGGCCACGGCCCUCAAGUACAGCGCCGUCCUGAAGCGACCCGGCACCGAGGGCCUCCUGGGCUGGCAGGACGAGCGGGGCGGUGACGACCUCGAGGAGGAGCAGGACUGAAGCCGCCAGCCCGGCCCCCCCCUCCCCCACUCCUCUAGGAAUAGGAACUUGGGCACCACCGGGGAUUUUUAAUUUGGUUUUUAACAACUCAGGGUUUUGUUUUUAUUUUUUCAUUCUAUUUUAUUUUUGCAGCUUGGUUUUCAAACUGGAGGGGGAGGGAGGGGCUGGAUGGAAGGCUGCGGCCCGGCCAGUGCUCAGCAGCUCAGAGCUAGACCUGGUUCUCCUGGGAGGCCAGCGCCCCUUCUGCCAGGUUACCCGCUGCCCUCCCAUGCCCAGGAAACCAGGGGUUCUCAGUAAAUCAGUGUCAUGGAAUAAAAUCAAGUGUGAA